CAAAAAUAUUAAAAACAUUACAAUUACUACGGAAUUUCCAAAAAAAUAUCAAAAUAACAUCAACAUCAUGAAUCAAAUGAAUAUGCACGUGCCAAUGAAUUCAGUAGGUGCUAAUCCUAAUGUAGGCAUGCAAUUGCCAGUAUCCGUUAUGCCAGUGCCUUCACCCCAACAAAUGCAGCCAGCAAUGCCGCAGCAGCCUCAACAGGACAAGAUGGAUAAUAUAUCUAAAGUGAAAACAUUGAUGGGCUCCUUGCGUGAAUCUUUACCUAUGACAUUGAAAUCAGCGGCACAAAUUCUACAUCAAAAUUACAACAUUGAUUCAAAUACUCAGAAAGGUAUGGACAAUCCCGUGCCAAGAUUUGAUAAAAAUUUGGAAGAAUUUUUCUCACUUUGUGAUCAAAUGGAGCUACAUUUGAGGACGGCAAUAACUUGCAUACAACAAGCGCAGUCUGCUGCUCAUUACCUUCCACUCACAGUCAUACCAUCGAGAUUGGAUUCAGGACCUACAAGCCAGGAGACAACUCUGAGCUACCCGCAGUAUUUGAACACAGUUCGUCUACAAAUAUCAUACGCCAAAGAUAUUCACGACACAUUAGUAGCCGCAGCUCAAAACAUCUCGCCCGCAGAGUGACCAGAGAGAAAUUAAACACAUUCUAGAGUGAAGAAUAUUUAUUGUAUAAUCUGUAUUCAUAAGUCUAAUUUUACGCUAAAUUAAUAAAAAAUAAUUGAAUUCA